ACACACUAAACGUUACUCCUCGAGAUACAUGUUCCUUAUUCACUGCUAACUUGAUAACUACUUCUUGCCUCCAUGUGAUGCGUGGCGGCAGCAAAAAUUCUAGAUUCCCGUUUAUACCGUAAUAAUUAAGUAGAUGCUUUGUUCGAUGGUGUUCUUGGCAUUUGGUAAUGCUUCUUAGAGACGACAUUUCACCUGCUGUCCGCACCUCCUCCAUAUUGAGGUGUUAUUUUUGACGCAACGUCACAAGAAAGGUUGCUUUGUCCAGAGUGAGUCACCGUGUCCACAUGAUGGAGGUACGAUCGAGUAUUACCGCGGUUACGGUUCUAUUGACUCUACUCUGUGCGGUAACAACCGGUGAUGAAUACGUUCCAGCAAAACUAUAUGUCGAGGCAAAUCCUCUACCCACAUACGACGAAGAGGGCGUUGCAACCCAACAAAAUCAGGACGAUGACGUACAAGAUUUGUUGAUGACUGUUAUAGCGCGCCUUAUACAAAACAUUGAUCCGAAUAAAUUAGACGAAGCGGAUACCCACCGACUCCUCGCCGCAAUCACCGGGCUGAGUCCCCCACAACAAACCUACCUAGGAAAAUCAUUAUUGGACGUAAACCUUGAUCUAGCCAACACUGAUAUCAUCAUGCCUGAGGACGAUAAACGCAGCCGAUGUCGCGGCAGGGGAUGCAGGAACGUCGGUGGUCUUAACCCGAAUGCCAACUUACGUCCUCUACCGUUUGGAAAACGAUCACGAUUCAGCGGCGCCAACAAGAAUCAAGGAUCAUCGUCAUCAAGCGAUUUCUCGAACAAGAGAGGGCGCACUGUUAAAAAUAGGCUGAGGGAAAGAGUACCGCACUGGACCAGAUUACCGUUUGGUCGUCGAUAAGGGGGUGAUAAGGGGGUCCCAUUUCUUUGAUAACUAACGAACAUGUGAUUUAAAAGAAAAUUAAAGACCACUGGCAUAUUUGAUACAUGGUCACUGCUUUUAAAAUGCCUUAGCACUAUAGUUAUUUCGGCCCGCAUAUACUUGUUACACAUCUCGUGUAAAAAAAAAUACAAUUGUACAAUUUUAUGUUAGUAAAAAUAUUAGUUGUUUUCAUUCCUUCGUUAUUGAUAUUUUUCAUAUAAAGUAUUGGAAACAAUGUACCAUCAAUGUUUACAAGGAUAGAACUUGAGAAUGUAAUAUUUAAUCAUUCUAAAUGAUCAUGAGGGAUAAAAUGAUUUUAAUGAGUCAAUUGAGCUCCUACCCCUAUUUAUCUUAAUUAAUUAUUAGUCUCCCGUUUCCUACAGCUCUCAAUAUUUGCACUUGUAUGCGCUCGACCCUUCUCCCCCCCCCUUCUUUCUCCCCUAUCUCCCCCUCUCUAAACACCACUCUCUCUCUCUCUCUCUACAACUACUACUUCUACUACUACAACACUUUAUACCAUGCCGCCCUUGCUUACUUACUUUUCCUUUACUGUUAUUUUUGUUUUACUUAUUCCUCAUGCAAAUCAUAUUUCAUGUUUGUUCAGAUAUACCAUAUUAUUUAAGAAACAAUUUUUUUCGAAUUCGAUCCAGGAAAUAAGACCCGAUUUCAAUUCCAUAAAUUAUGUAACAGCCGAAACGCAAGGGGUGCGAUAUUGACCUUACCUUCGAGAUGCACGCCUUCAUAAUUUUUAUUCUACAAAUCUUAUAAUGGCUUCCUGUAGCGUAAAUCGGAGACAAACUUAAGCCUACUUCAUUUUAAGAAUCCAUGAAGCCUAAUAUCGGUGAACAGUUGAAAAGUUAAACGUGUAUAUCUUCAUAUUUGAAAGGGCUAAUAUUAUUUAUUUUAAUGAAAAGAAGAUAAAGAGAGGAAGAAAUCGACUAAAGCGUUAACAAGUUCUCGUAAAUAUCUUAUUGGGAUUAUCUUUAAAAAGGUCCCCCUCCCCUUUCUGGAUUUGAUGCACGCAACGUUGCGCCUAUCACACAAGAAAUGUACAAAGUUUUCACCUUUUAUAGGGUAAAGGGUUGUAAACUUGGCAGUGUAAAGGUACCAAUGUGAACCUCUUAAGAGUGGGAAGGGUAAAUUUUUUGCACCAUUAAUGUAACUCGGUGUAAAAAAUCAAUUUAUGCUGUAAGACGUUCUUGUCCAUUUUUGUUUUUUAUAUAAAUCAGGAAAAUACGAUGUUCGACCUACAAUCGAGUAUUUGUAUCAUCAGUUUGUCUAUUUAUUUUCUUGUAACACUGAAUAUUGAUGUUAGUAGUCUAAAUGACUUGCAUUGUUUUAAUUUACAUGAUUCUGAUAAGAUAAGGUUGAAUGGCUUUUAGCGGCAUUUUGAUUAGAAUGAUCACAAUCAUUCCCCACGCGUUAUAAAUUAAAAUGGAAGCGCCGUGGUGUAGCGGUUCUGACUCUCGCCUUGUAAUCAGAGAGUCGUGUGUUCGAAUCCCACCAUGGCCUAGCGUCCUUUGGCAAGGCGUCAAUCCACAAUUUGCCACUCUCCACCCAGGUGUUAAAUGGGUACCCGGUAGGAUGCGAAAGCCUAUGUAUAGUAUGCCUAGCAAUUGAGUCUUGGAACUCUUGUUGGAAUGCUCCCAGGGAGUGGAGAAGGUGCAUUCAUUGUAUGCGGGCAUGCAAGGAUCCGAUGACCGGGGUAAUAUUAUAUCUGUAAAGCGCUUAGAGACGUCGUUCCGAUGUGUUAAGCGCUAUAUAAAUGCGGAUUAUUAUUAUUAUUAUUAAAAUGCACAUUGUGUAUUUUCGAUCCUUUUCAUAAAGGACUCCUCCCCGGGCUGAUAUUAAUUUACAUUCAAUAUCAUGUUUAGAGAAUAUACAUUAGUGUGAUACUUUUUGCUGGGGGAAAUUGUGUUUUAUUUAAGGAGGAAAAACAAUUGGUGUCGGUGCAUAAGAACAUGAUAUGAAUAGGGUUAUGUGAAAAUCAGUCAUAACGAACGGUUUCUAUUCAAUCUGGUUCAUGACCGGUAUUUGAUGUAGAAAAUGUUGUAGAUAAAUUACUUACAUGUGGUUCAUUGAAUCUGAUUGGUUGCAAUGCGAUAUAAAGCUUGGACUCUAUUUAUUUUGAAUUUUAAACAGCCAGUUAGAAAAAAAAAGACUUUAAAUGCAAUGAAACAUAUUAAUAUCACCCUAAUCUAAUAAAUUGAUCCUACGCAUUCAACAAUUCAAGUGUAUAUUGACAAUGUUUGCUCUAAUUGGUGCAGAAUGCUGUAAAUACUGAUAAUUAAAGGUUUGCCAUGUUAUUAUAUAGAAUGAAAUUAGAGGAGCGCCUUGAGCACAUAUCAUUGUAUCACCAUCAUUCUAAUGGGUAAAACAUGUAUUCCAUGACUAAUAUAUGCUUUAGUAUGAUUGUAAUAUUCGAUGACACUCGAGUAUAGUUCAAAUUACUGCUGGCUACCAAAGCUGUAGAAAAGCUUUUACGAUAAAUGAUCGUUGGAAUUUUAGAAAAGAAAAAAAACAUAUGUAAUAGUAUGUGCAGAACAAAAGGAAACCUUGACCGCUUUAAUCAUGAUAGAUGGGCUGUAUCAUAUGUAUACAUAUAUAUUUAUUUUUGUCCAACCCUUACCACGGGUGUUAUGAAAAAAGAUAAUAGACUCUUUAUCUGUUAUGUAAAUGUAUGUACAGUAUAUUGUUAUUGUAUUGAUUACAUUAUGCGGAAUAUUACUCUUUUGAAAUGUCCAAAUUGUACUAAAAACAUGACAAAUGCAUUUUUUUUCUUUCUUGCUUUGUUCUGGAGACGCAUGUAAUGUCAUGUGAAAUAACUUGUGAAACGUCCUUUCAUGGAAAAUAUGAUUAUAUACAUAUUAAAUUACGGAAAAAUGAAUGAAAAUUACCUGC